UUUUCUAGAUUCUUCCUCCAAUGUCUCGUGUGAUCAGAUGCACACCAAAUACAGCAGCUGUUGUUUUGGCUGGAGUGACUGUGUUUUCCUGUGGGAAGCAUACACGAAAAGGUGAUGCUGAAUUAGCGCGAAAAAUAUUUUCUGGAAUCGGCUUUACUGAGGAAGCAGAAGAAAAACUUAUGGAUGCAGUGACUGGUGUUAGUGGUGCUGGACCAGCCUUUGUACUGAUGGCAAUUGAAGCUAUUGCUGAUGGAGGUGUCAAAAUGGGUUUACUAAAAAGUGUAGCUUUGAAAUUAGCUGCACAUACAGUACUUGGAGCAGCAAAAAUGGUUAUAGAGACUGGUCAGCAUCCUGGGCUUUUAAAGGAUCAGGUUAUAUCUCCUGGUGGUGCUACAAUCAGGGGUAUUCAUGAAUUGGAGAAAAAUUGCUUCCGAGGUUCUCUCAUGACAGCUGUUGAAGUUGCUACUUUGCGCUCUAAAGAAACAGAGGAAGAGGCCAAUAAAUCAGUUUAAUUAUGUUGCGGGUAGAUAUUGAAUGUUAUACGUACGUGUGGUUUCUCUCUUUUUAUAUUUUUGCUGGGAAUUCCAGAAAAAUAAGCAUUUAGUCAUUUUUAUUUUAUCUUAACUGAUUUUAGCAGUAUAAACUCUUGUAUCAAUAUCUUGUUAUAAUUUCUACUUGUUUCACAACUGUAUACAUUAGUAUUCUAUUAUUACAUUAUUUAAAAAAAUAAUAAGAACCAAACAGCAAACAAAUAUUUCAAUGAAAUGUUUUGUUAGGAAAUUAACUAAAGUAAACUUCUUGUUGUUAUAAAGGUUAA